AUGCGUCUCCAGCGGUUCGAAAGUCCUCAGCAUCUUACAAGAGUCUUCCAACCUCGCGUGUCAUUCGACACUUUCGACAAGCCUGCAGACUUCAUCGAGGAGAGCUCCUUCACACUGAUCGCCAAACAUAAAGACUACGAAUACACCAAGCGCUCGCGGACGUUUCUGUGCGGUUUCGACGAGAAUGAAUACUCGGUGUACGCUCUACAAUGGCUCAUAAACGAGCUGGUCGACGACGGAGAUGAGAUAGUAUGCCUCAGAGUGGUGGAAAAGGAAGAUGCAAUAGCCGGAGACCGAAGCGUAGAAACCGGACGGUAUCGCGUCGAGGCCGAGCACACCAUGGCCGACAUACAAAGUCGAAAUCAUGACAACAAGGCGAUCAACCUGAUAUUGGAGUUUUCCAUCGGCAAAGUCAACAAGGUUAUUGAUGACAUGAUCAAUCUCUACGAGCCGGCAAUUUUGGUAGUCGGGACACGAGGCAAGAGUCUAGGUGGAUUCCAGGGACUACUUCCGGGCAGUGUGUCCAAGUACUGUCUACAGCAUUCACCAGUACCUGUCAUUGUUGUCCGUCCCACGUCGAAGCGCGACAAAGCAAAGAGCAAGCGCACGAAUGAUCCAGAUCGCCAAGGCUAUAGAGAAAUCCUCGCGAAGAGCGAAAGCCUUCCCGAGUUUAAUAGUCCUCGUAAUAGCUUCUUCGCGAACGAGGACGAAGCAGCGAUAGUUGGAGGCGCGGCAACCGCACCUAAACCUGCCGCAGAGACGCAUCCUCUAGCACAGGUAGAACAAGCGCCAGACAGCAGCGAGGAUGAACUGGAUACGGGCACCAGCACUUUCAUUGGUGAUGAUCCCCGAAGUCCUGGACCUAUGAUGAAGAGCCCGCAUCUGCAAAAUCUAGACAGUCCAGAGCUGAGCAGUCAAUCUAGCAGCGAGGAUGAAGAUGAUCAAGGCGGGGUAUCAACCUCAGGGACUUCCGCUGUAGACAAAGUGACAAGCGCAACGGAGAGAUCAAGUGUCAGCGAUGGAGAUGCAGGUAGUGGAAACACGUCAAUGUCCUACGUUGACAGUCUCACGAGUGGAGCUCAGACGAAAUCCGAAGACACAUCUUCGGAGCAGAAGGAUUCGGAAGGCGCAUAG